AUGUUUAGGUCACUAGGCUCGAAGCCUUUUGCGAGACUGAAACUCAACAGUGGCCGCGGGUGUAUACCACGGCCAAACUUGUUCAACCCUUGUGUUGGCCGGAGCUUCUCAUCCACUCUUGGCCAAUAUCAAAAUGCCACAGAUAUUGAUGAGAUAUUCAAGAAUGAGGACCACAAGGAAAGUGAGAGACAGUGGUCAACGCCAUUAGCCAAGCAGCUCUUUGCUGCUAUAUCAACAACCGGACCUGUUCCUUUGGCCAGUUACAUGCGCAUGUGCUUGACCGGAGAUAUCGGAGGCUACUACACUGGGGCCAUUGGUCAAGGUCGGGAUCAGUUUGGCACAAAAGGAGAUUUCGUUACAUCGCCAGAGAUUUCACAAAUCUUUGGUGAACUCAUCGGUAUAUGGUUCAUCGCUGAAUGGAUCAGCCAAGGUCGUCCCAAGCAGGGUGUCGAACUCAUCGAGGUUGGGCCUGGUCGAGGUACUCUUAUGGAUGAUAUGCUUCGAACCAUUCAACGAUUUCCUGCGAUGGCUAAUAGCAUCGAUGCUGUAUACAUGGUUGAAGCCAGCCGCGAGCUAAGAAACGCCCAGAAGCAACUCCUUUGUGGCCCGGAUGCGCCAUCAUCAGACUCAAAGUCUGGUUUUCAUAGCCCCAGCAAGUACAACGGCAAGCAGAUUGUCUGGACCGACACUAUCAAGUCUAUUCCAAUUGAAGCUGACAAAAUGCCCUUCAUAAUCGCUCAUGAGUUCUUUGAUGCCCUCCCUAUUCACAGCUUCCAAUCCGCUUCAGCUCCUCCUCCCCAAUCAAAGGCAUCUUCACCAACCUCGCCUGCUCAGCCACCACCCGAUAACACCAAACCCGCCAUGGAAUGGCGAGAAAUGAUGGUCUCGCCAACACCGCCGGGCGUCACCCAUGCUCAACUUGGGACACCGAAAUCACAGCAAGAUGAGCCACCUCCUGAAUUCCAGCUAACACUUUCAUCCGCGCCUACUCGCCACUCUCGUUUCCUCCCUGAGACCUCGACAAGGUACCGCAAACUCAAGAAUAUGCCCAAUUCCGUCAUCGAAGUGUGUCCAGAUGCCUCCAUCUUCGCUACGGACUUUGCAACUCGUAUCGGCGGUUCUGAACAGUAUCCCAAGACUAAGCCCAGCGGUGCUGCCCUUAUUCUUGACUACGGAACGUCAGAUACCAUCCCUAUCAACUCCCUUCGCGGUAUCCGGCACCACAAGCGAGUGAAUCCCUUUUCUGCGCCUGGUCUGGUCGACUUGAGUGCAGAUGUCGAUUUCACUGCCAUCGCUGAAGUGGCUAUGUCAGCGAGUGAAGGCGUCGAAGUCCAUGGACCAGUCAACCAGGGUGACUUUCUUGAGUUGAUGGGCAUCCGAGAGCGUGCUGAGCAGUUAACCAAGGCGCCGGGCGUCGACAAGGAGACUGCUGAUAAGAUCGACGGAGCCUGGAAGCGCCUUGUUGAUAAGGGCCCUGACGGCAUGGGGAAACUGUACAAGGCAUUGGCUAUCCUGCCUGAGAAUGAUGGCCGAAGAAGACCAGUUGGGUUUGGUGGUGAUGUCUUGGGUUAA